AUGACUUAUGGGUAUGUAGAUGUGGGAAUUGUGCUCAGCUAUGGGUUCUCAUCCUUCCUUACAUAUCCAGGAGGUCAUCUUUCUGGGGAUUCAGUCUGCAUUCAUAAAGCAAAGACAGAGGUAGGAAGGAUGGUGGCUGACUGCUUGAAAAAUUGUUAUCAGGAUUCAGUGACCUUUGAUGAUGUGGCUGUGGACUUCACCCAAGAGGAGUGGACUUUGCUGGACACAACUCAGAGAAAUAUGUGUAGCCUUGUGAUUCUGGAGAACUAUAACAACCUAGCUACAGUAGGAUGUCAGAUUAAACCCAAUCUGAUCUCUUGGUUGGUACAAGAAGAGUUGAGGACAUUUCAGAGAGGAGUUUUCCAAGGAAGGAAGUCACAAUGCAGGAGAACUCUGUGA